AUGGAUAUAACAACAGAUAAUCAAUGCAAUGCCGACAAUGUAAAUCAAAAUAAUAAUACUGAAGAAAAUCAUCAAAAUUUACAAACAUUAACAACAGAUGCCUAUUUAAAAGCUCUUGCAAUUUCUUCGUACAAUGGCGUUGAUACAAAUGCUCGAAAACCACUGACAAAAUUAUUAAAUAGUUUUCAAUUAACAUCGGAAAUAUUACCAUUAUUUCGUCAAAUAAACGAUAAAGAUGAUCAUAACAGUGCAUUUGUCACAGGACAAGAGAUCAAUGAAACAUAUGAAAAAACAAUUACAGCAUGCACUUAUGCUAAAGCAAUAAUAUCAGCUAAACUAGAAAUUUCUGAACAACCGCAGAAAUUUUGGAGAAAACGUACUAUUAAUUGUUUAAAGAAAAAAUGGUGUCCAGUUAUUCAAGGACGAAGUGGCAAACAACGGCAUUACAUUGGCAUACAAUGGUCAAAAUUAAUAGAUUUUAAUUCAAAUAAUUUGUUCGUUUUUGUUCAAUUACUAUCCUACGAUAAUCAAUCGCAGCAAUCAAAAAUCUUAGUACCACCGGAUACGACAGCCAAAUCAUUAAAACAAUCGGGAAAAGAGAAAAAAAUAAAAAGUAGACGUCAAACAAUUAGUGACUUAGUUAUUCAAGACAUAUACGGCUUUGAUAAACUGACCAAUACAAUUCUGUGUCCUAUAUCUGAAAAAGAAUAUAACCGAUGUAAAAAAGACUUAAAAUUAAUCAUGCUCAGUUUAUGUAAAGAAACUGACGAUGAUGAUGAUCAUCGAAUUUCAAUUACAGAAAUUGUGUAA